AUGUCGAAGGCUCAGGAGGACUUCUUGCGCAGGCCGCUCUACGUUUACGAUCUACCUCCCCAGGUUCUAGACACCCUUACCCUGAAAUCAGACGCCUCAAUAGUCGCCAGCGAAGAGUUGUCGCGCACUCCGAGAGACGUGAGCCCGGGCGCAUCGUCAGAGAAUCUAGUUGGAUCGCAAAGCUGCUCCCUCUGCAGCCUGACAUUCCCAACAGUCCAAGAACAGCGGAGCCACUUGAAAUCCGACUUCCACAACUACAACCUCAAGCAGAAGCUGCGCGGCCAAAAACCCGUCUCCGAGACCGAGUUUGAGAAGCUGGUCGGCGACCUAGACGAAUCUCUCUCAGGCUCGGACUCUGAAGAUACUGAGGAAGACGAGGAUGAUGGUCGAUCAGAGUCGACGUUGACAGCUCUUCUCAAGAGACAAGCCAAGAUCGCCGACAAGAACAAUCCCGGGGGAGAUGAGGAUAACGGGGACGAGGAAGAUGCAAAGAGAAGCAAUCGGGGGAAGCCUCCUUUGAUAUGGUUCAGCUCUUCAGUACUGCCAGAGAACAACUACUUUGGUCUUUACCGGGCAAUCCUCACUGGAGAGGACCAGAGAAACAGCGAUCUUGUCCAAGUGUUAAGAAAGAAGCAGCUGGAGCCAGUCCCUGUGCCAAAGUUAAACAAGGAUGGAACACCGACCGCAACAGCACCGUAUAAGGGCCCUCACAUAUUCCUGUGUAUGAUUGGAGGCGGCCAUUUCGCUGCCAUGGUCGUUUCAUUGGCUCCUCGCGCAACAAAGGGAAGCGUAACCAUGAACCGGGAAGCAACUGUGCUUGCACACAAGACAUUCCAUCGCUACACGACAAGACGCAAACAAGGUGGUUCUCAAUCGGCGAAUGAUAAUGCCAAGGGGACUGCUCACUCGGCCGGUUCUGGCCUAAGGCGCUACAAUGAACAAGCCCUGGUACAAGAUGUCCGGGCUUUGCUUGAGGAUUGGAAGGGGCUCCUAGAUACAGCCGAUUUGCUUUUCAUCCGGGCUACAGGUGCAACCAACAGGCGGACGCUAUUUGGGCCGUAUGAUGGGCAAGUUCUGAGACACAACGAUACAAGGUUGCGAGGUUUCCCGUUCAGCACGAGGAGAGCCACACAGAAUGAGCUUAUGAGAUCAUUUAUCGAGCUCACGCGUCUAAAAGUACGCGAGAUUGACCCGUCACAGGAGCUCACCGUGGAACCUCAGCAGACGUCAACUCCCACAAAACAGUCUGCUCAAAAGGCUGCGAAACCAAAGCUCUCGGAGGAGCAGGAGACGGCUCUAUUGCACACAUCGCAACUCCAGGCCUUUGUACGCCGAUCAAAACUUCCCGCUCUUCUAUCCUACCUCAAGAACAACCAGAUCGGAUCCGACUUUGAGUUUCAGCCUCCGGAGCAGAACUACCACGCCCCGCGACUCCUCCACUUGGCGGCAGCACAGAAUGCCGCACCUAUGAUUCUCGGUAUUUUGUCUCGUGGUGGUGCCGACCCCACCUUGAAAAAUCGGGAGGGCAAGACAGCGUUUGAACUUUCUGGAGAUCGGUCGAGUCGGGAUGCAUUCCGGGUCGCGCGCUCGGAAUUGGGCGAGGACAAGUGGGAUUGGGAGGCAGCAAAGGUGCCAGCAGCGAUGACAAAGGCCGAGGCCGGAUCUCGAGAUGAACGAGAGAAACAAGAGGCGGACAAGAAGGAGGCAGAUCGAAGGAAAGCGGAGGAGGAGAGGCUUCGGGUCGAGGGUCCAAAGGUCGCCGAAAGCAAAAAGGCGAAAGCCAAUGCUCUUGCCGCAGGCCUGGUGAAAACGCCGCAGGAGCGGAGAGAGGAAGAAGCUCGCGGGUUAACACCAGAGAUGCGGAUGAAGCUGGAGCGCGAACGUAGAGCACGUGCGGCUGAGGAGAGGCUCCGAAGAAUGCAGGGCAAAUAA